GGACCAGACAACAAUAAUUUUCAUACUGACCGUCGUGUUCCUGCUGUCCUAGGUCUGAGUGCUGCAAAAAAAUUUAUCGGAAACACCUUCUUCAACAAUGGCGAUAGCCAAGCACGAGAUGAUAUUAACUCCGGAGCUCCUCGUAUGAGCAAGACAGGACCGCUGUUGUCGAAGAAAGCUAUUUUGUCACAGCUUUGGCGCGGCGUCUCUCCUCGCAUGGCGCAAGCAUUUGCACAUUUAUGAUCUAGUACGACAAGCAAAAGUAUGAUUAAAAAAAUUGGUCUAAACGAGUAGAGGUAGGGGAGAGGUAAAUGACAAUUGAACUUGAAGUGACGAUAUUAGCGUUGCGCUUCGUGACUUCAUAUUAUUUGAGGCUGCAGGGUGUCACCGUAUAGUCUAGGGGUUGGUAUGCUAGCCAAUGAUCAAAAUAGUUGUUCAAACCCUCAUGCUAUUUCUAAGUUUCCCAUCUCGUGCCUGGCAAAUGCAAGAACAGAAGACCCCCAGCGCGAGAGGAAGAGAACAUAUACUUCAAGGAGAGAAUCGUAAUGUCAAGCCGAUUGAACGUGCACUUGAGAAUCGUGCUUGGCGUGCGGGGACUGGCACAGCAGGUCACUUUCGCACGCGACUGGUCAGCUAUAGCGAUAACCUUCGGACUAGACACGCUCUUACGAAGCAGCAGAGAAACAGCAGAGAAGCAGCAGCAGAGAGCAAAGAGGACUAUACCUUCUCAUUUGACGAAGAAGAUGGCCGCUUUCGUAAUGAAGAAGUCGUAGAUAUUGAUGAAGGAGGGGGUUAUAUCUAUUACGACAGAGAUGCAGAUAGCGAUAGCACUCGUUCCGAUUUGGAUCGAGGACACGUUGAUGCCACAGCUUCUUUCACGCACUUCUAUCAUGCUCAUGAAGAACCUGAUACAGGAAUGGGCGUUUCCGGAAACUAUGAAGACGAGAGGGAUCACGCAUUUUCGCUAGACCACUCUUCCGAUCAUCCUCCACGUGGCGCAAUAGAAGCUGGACC